CAACAAAUAUACUCUAUGCUUUGUGCCUUGUGAUAUUGGUUGUGACUUAUGAUCUAAUAAAAUUGGCAUAAUAUAAAUUCGAAAAAUUGUUCUAUUGACGUCUUGAUUUGUGCUUUUUUGUAAAUUCUAAAUUAUAUUUACUACAAAUUAGGAAGUUACUAAGUGAUUUAAAACUAGUAAUAUAUAAGGACAUGAAGUGAAAUCUAUAUUAUUUAGACAGUUCCCAGUGGAUAAACGAACAAAAUGAGUAAUAUAGAAGAAACAGAAAUUGGUUCUUCAGAAGUUAAUGGAAAUGUAGUCAAUGAAAAUAAAAGAACGGAAUGGGUAAAGUUUGAUGAUGAAGAUAAAGACCCAGCUACCGGUAAUGGUAUAGCAGUUAAUUCACAACCAGGACCAUCUGCGAAUAUAGGAGUGCCUGCGGUAUUAAACACGGAAUCUGUUCAAGUGAAUUUAGAGCGAAAUGAUAAAAAUUUAGAGACAGUAAGCCCUCAUAAGAAAAAUGUAGAAGUUAUUAAUAUUCACCAAGGAUUUAGUAAUGGGGAUAUAAUUGUUACAUUACUCCCUGUAAAUACAAAUUUGCCAUGGAUUACACCAGCUCAGUUCAGACCAGAAUUGGUUCCAGAGGAAUUAAUGGCUCAAGGGUUAACAUUGACAGUGGAGGAGUAUGUUCAUGCAAUGGAAUUACUGGUGAAUGAUGCCCGGUUUACCCUAUAUAACAUUUGUUACAAGAGAGUACUUGUUUGUUGGAUCACAAUAGCAUUUAUAGUACUUCUCAGCUUGCUAUUCUCAGGCCUGACUGGACUUACACUAUUUAGCCUUGGCGUGGUGUGGUUGAUUUUAAAUGCAUUGGCAAUUUUUGUCUGCAUGUGGAUCAAGUUAAGACUUUCAAAAGGAUUAGAGAGAUGUUUAGCAAGUGUAAAUAAGCUGCUCAUUAAACAUAAAUUGAUUCUUGCUUUAGAUGAUAGAGGAAAAUUAUCCUGCCACAAAGUUCAUCUUUGUUUUCUGUAUUUUGACUCUGAACCUUGUAUUUCUCAUAUUCAACAAUUUAUUGCUAGUGAAGAAGGGAAAACUAUUAUUCAAGGCUGGGAACAGAAGUUGGAUGUUCAAGCAACUGAUAUUGUAAUACGAGGAAGUCAAACUACAAGGUUGUCAAGAAAACAGGAAAGAGGUGCUCUUCUGUAUGUCCGCUAUGUAGGCAGAUGGGGGGCACAUGCAAUGAAGAACAGACUUAACCUCAGCAGUUUUUCUCCAGGACGCCACGGAGAAAAAUUUGUCUGUCCCUGCCAGUUUAUAGAAGAGCAUCUCAAAACGAAGCCACCUGCUGGCCUAGCUAAGUACUUUACAUUACCUAAUCAAAGUAUUCACGUGUAAUAAUGACUGAAGUUUUCCGUCCAAUGUUGAACCUAAAUUUGUUGUAUAUUUUAAAUGGCUGGUAAUUAUUGAUUUAAUAGCCACUAGUGACACUUUGUCUCUAUUAUGUAAACAUUAUUUACAUUGUACCACUUUACUAAAUGGUGUCAAAUGUUCUAAAUGUGGUUCUUAAAUGUAUGUUAUUUUAGGCAUAUACAUUUUUAAUUUAACCAAUUUUAGAUUUAUGACUAAUCUAUAACAUAUUUUGACACAAUAUUAUUUUUAUAUUUUAAUAUAAUCGACAUUCAAUAUACAAACCAUUUUAUUGUUGUAUGUAAUUUAAUGAGUUUUUAAGUGGCCAUUUUUGUUGUAGAUUCUAAUAUUAUUUAUUUUAUUUUGAUGUGUUAAAAUUUUUUUAGCUAUUUGAUAAACACGCUAGCUUUAUUCAUUUACGUCCAUUUCUUUAAAUACUAUUUAUGUUUAUACUUUUUGUUUCAAUAUAUGUAGCCCGGUUGUGAUUUUAUUUACCGGAAAUAAUUUAUAACUAAAUAUUCUUUUGUUCUAGUUUCUUCUAUAUGAGUAGUAUAAGGAAUAAAAUAUAUUUUAACUUCUAUAUUUAAUACAUAUCAAGCACAAUGUUUUUUUUGUAGACAAAUAUAUUUAACCUUUUAUACCAACAAUGUACUAAUUAUCGCAUAUAUUUUAAUCAAUUUAGUUUAAUACUUAUUGCUAUGACUGGAAGUUCAUUAUGUACAAAUUUUAACACCAACUUGUUAAUUCCUUCACUGAGUUUAUUUAAUCAACGAGCAUGUUUGAGUACCCCAAAUUGUACAUACAUGUUAUUCUAAAAUUAUAAUUGCAAAUGAAAUACCCACAUCAAUAAUAUUAUAACCUAUAUAUUACAAGCAUGUAUAUAUUAUUACGGCCACGUCAAUUGACAAGAGUUGUAAAAUGCGCAAAGUUUCAGGUCUAUUGCUAGUAAAUAUUCAUACGCGAAACAUUUUGCAAAGUAAC